AUGUCUAGUAACGUCUCGAAUAUCUGUCGUGUUGAUCAGUCUCAACAAGAUGUCAACAAAUGUCCCGAUUGUAACUUUGUUUCCCGGUCGCAAGGCGGUCUCGCGGUUCACCGCUCGAAAUGCAAAAAUGUUGUGAUACUCCAAAACGUUGACUGCGUAUAUGUUGAACGUAGUUUCCCAGAAGGAAAGCCGAUUGUUUGUUGUUUAUGUGAUGUGUCCAUCGGCUCGAUUGCGAAUUUUAGAAGACAUUUCAAGUCGAAACAUAAGAAAGUUAAGUUAAUGGAAUCAGCGAGAUGUAGCCUUUGUAAUGACUUCUUGAAAGACGGCCGAGGCGCCGGUGUUCACUUAAAACGAUUCCAUCAGAUUGGAUCUAAGGAUGAUUAUCCAAUUUCUCCAACUCCAAUAAUUUCGUCCACCAAUAAACCAACCAUUAGUGUACAUCGUAAGAAAAAUAUUUCGAAAAUAAAGUCACUGUCCAAGUCGCCCGCGUACAUGUCAAUUUCCGCAUCUGGUCCAGUUAAUAACCACAUCAUUGACGAAGAUAGCAUUUCCUCUAAUCUUUCAACAUCCGAUACCCUAAAUCCUAACCCCCUAACACUCAACCCCUUCGCUAAUUCCUUUUUCCCUACAACACACACCCCCCAUUCCUCAUCCCCAGUCCACACUCAACCCUUAACCUCCGGUAACAUCCAAACCCCGUUCCAUGAUCAGUCGACGCUAACAUCAGACCUCCCUUACUCUCCGUCUACAGACGAUUCACAACCCUCAACCCCAAUCCAUUUACAACCUUCCUCCUUCUGCCAUUCAUCCAUGAACCAUUUACAUCCCACCCACCACCAAACUUCACUCAAACCCGUGACGAAAGUAACAGCUACUCUCCUCCUAGACCCUCAUCCCCUGUCGUAUUUACCCAUUCCCCAGAUCCUUCAACAACUCCUUUCACCCAUAACCCCUCCCCAAACCCCGGCGUCUCACAACCUAGACACAACAAUCAAAUAUGGCUUGAAGCUGAGGUCGUCUUAAGUGAUUGUACUAAUGUGGAUAGUUAUGUUCCUUCCCAACAAGAUGAUCUUGAAUCCGAGGUCGCCUUUAGUGGUCGUACUAACGAGAAUAGUGAUUCCCCGAGUCAACAUGCUAAUUUCGAUCCGUCAGUCUCCCUAAGUGGUCGUAAUGAUGGAAACAGUAAUACUAAUACCACCGAGUCAGUUCAUUCAAGUUCUGAACAAGCGUCAAGUAACACCUCUGAAUUCGUGCGAAAAUGGUCCAAUAGAAUUUCAACUACGGAAUCGUUUGAUGACUUUUGCCAUAAAUGCGAUGAUUAUGCUAAUGCGGUCGUACUGGAAGUUAAAUCUUCAGGUGCCAAUAACUCCAACCGAUGCGGCAGACCUGUACGAAACGCAAGGAACCGCCCGAACAGCAGAUUACCUAACCCAAACCGGCGACCAUUAAUAAGCAAUCCAAUACAAGCCGGUAGAAUCCAGACCCUUUUCCGCCUAUCGAACAAGAGAGCUGCGAGGAAAAUUCUCCAGGACAAUAACAUCACCUACACUGGUACAAAAGACCAAGCACAAGAAUAUUUCACUGACACUUUUUCCACCUCCACAGUUGAUCUGAAUGAACUCGUCUCCUCCCUUUCUGAUAACGUCCCAUCUACAGAUAUUGAUCAAUCCCUUAUGGAUCAGAUGUCCCCUAAAGAAAUUAAGGACAAACUUAAAUCAAUGUCCAAUUCAGCCCCUGGUAAAGACAAAGUCGAAUACAGACACCUUAAGCUGGUAGAUCCUGACUGUAAAGUUCUCAGCCUAAUUUACAACAAGUGCCUAGAGGAGAAGAAAAUACCAUCAUCGUGGAAACAAUCGUCAACCAUCCUAAUCUACAAGAAAGGAUCUAGUGAUGACCCGAGUAAUUUCAGACCCAUUGCUUUGAUGUUGUGUAUUUAUAAACUCUUUACCUCUAUCCUAGCUGCCCGUAUAUCUAACUUUGCGAUAAAUAAAGAUCUUAUUUCAAACGAACAGAAAAGUGCCAAACCUUCGGAAGGAUGUCACGAACAUUCCUAUACGCUUCAAUCGGUUGUGGCUGACUGCAAAAGGAAUUAUAAGAACUGUUUCCUUGCAUGGCUAGAUUUAAGGAAUGCUUUCGGAAGUAUCUCCCACGACGCUAUCUACUCUACUCUCAGUCACAUGGGUUUCCCUGAAUCCCUAAUUAAUCUGAUUAAAGAUAUAUAUACCGAUUCAUCAAUGGUAGUACGAACCGGCAAGGAUGAAGAAACCGAUUCCAUCCCAAUCAGAGCCGGUGUUAAACAAGGAUGCCCUGUUAGUCCAGUAUUAUUCAAUCUGUCUACGGAACUCCUUGUCAGAGUGGUUAAAUCGCGAUGCAACGAAAGUCAAUACAUCCCCUUUCAGUUACACGGUCAACCGGUAUAUGUCUUAGCUUAUGCCGAUGAUUUAGUCCUGAUGAGUAGGACCCGCGACGGCUUACAAAGCCUGCUAGAUGACGUCUCACUAGCUGCUAACAUCCUAAACCUCAAAUUUAGACCAGACAAAUGUGCCUCUCUAUCCCUAACCUGUAACAAACAUGAACCCUCACGUGUAGGAGAUACAACCUUUAAGGUACAAGACGGCGUGAUUCCUGCACUCCUGAAAGAAGAGUCAUAUCGGUAUCUUGGUGUUCCUAUCGGCUUGUUAUACGAUGCGAAAGAUAUGAACACGAUUACUGAAAAAUUAAUAGCAGACCUUGAGAAAAUCCGAGACUCCCUACUCACACCGUGGCAAAAGUUGGAUGCAAUACGAACCUUCAUCCAACCGGGUUUGACCUACGCACUAAGAACAUGCCCAGUUACCUGCAAAGCCCUUGAGAAAUAUCGGAAAAAAACUGGUUGAAGUCCUCCGGUCGAUAUGCAACCUUCCUAAGAGAGCAACGCAACACUAUUUCUUUGCGGACAAAGCUGUUGGUGGUCUAGGACUUCAAGAUCCGUUUAACGAGCGUCAUAUUCAAUCAGUAGUACACGCAGUCAAAAUCCUUUCAGUUUCAGAUCCGUUUGUUAGUAAUAUCGCAAAAAACGAACUUAAAUCUGUAGUCUCUCGAUGCCUUAAACGCGAAGCCGAAAACGAUGAAGUUGACCAAUUUCUGUCAGGUAAUCUAGACGGAAACUUUAGUAACCAUAUGAGUUGUGGCAACGGUCAAACCCUGUGGUCGUGUUGCUGUAUUUCAGCCUGUGCCCUAAAAGUUAAAGUCAAGUCUGCAUCCGAAAAUAUAUUAAUCUCGGUAGACAAUUUUCAAACAGCAACCAACAGUAAAGGAGUGGCCUCCUACCUACAUAGAUCGAUGCUUAAACGCGCGUUUAAGCUUAAAAGCCUCCCUGAUCAAGGUAAAGUGGCUAGGUGCCUGCAAUCUACAAAAUUUCCAUCAACAAACAGCUGGUGUUACGAUGGCACAGGAAUUCGUUUCUGUGACUGGCGUUUCAUCCACCGUGCGAGAACCAACACCCUCCCCACCAACGCUGUGAAGAGUAGAUUCGCGAAUGGUAACACUAAAGAAUGCAGGAGAUGUCACAGUAACAACGAUAGUGAAACCCUCCCACAUAUCAUCUGCCAUUGCCACCCCAACAUGAACACAAUAACAGCUAGACACAAUAAAAUACUCGAAAGACUCUCAACCGUGAUACAAAGCGGCACAUACUCUAUAGAUCAAAUUGUUCCAGAUGCACCCGGAAAUAAUCGUCCUGAUCUUGUUAUAACGGACGGUAAUAAAGUAACAAUCAUUGAUGUCACAUGUCCAUUCGAGAACGAUGAAGAUGCCCUAAGAUUGGCGGCCGAAAGGAAAGAAAUAAAAUAUAAUUACCUUGUUGACCAUUUUAACAAAUCAAACAAACAAGCGAAAGUAUUUGGUUUUGUGGUAGGCCCCCUUGGUGCCUGGUACCCUGGUAACGAGAAAGUACUCGAUGAACUAAAUGUCUCCCUGAGAUAUCGUACAUUGUUUCGCAAACUAUGUUGUGCUGAUAGCAUUAAAAUAUCAAGAAACAUUUACGUGGAACACCUCACAG